GUUUGGGUUCCGUGGGUGACGCUGCUGGCUUUAGCUCUGGAGCUCCUAGGCCUCUUUCCCACUUGGCGUUCUUGACUGGAAGGACCAGAGUUGCAGAAGUCCUCCGGGCAGCUUGUUCCCUUCAGUCUCAGGAACCGAAGGCCUUUUGGGUGUUUGUCUCUCAGUUUCCCCACCAUAAGACGAGACAGCUGGAGGAAACCGCAGGGACUGUCUAGCGCCAGCUCCUUGUUUUACAUUUGGGAAAACUUGAGACCCGAGAGAGAUGGGUUGCCCGAGGUCGCCCUUCUAAUUGCUGGGAUUUGAACCUCCUUAUACCGCACAGUUUGCGCUCUACGAUACGUCUCCAGGAAACCCGCUUUCCACCAUAAAGGAAAAAUACAAAACGUCCUUUUGCUGAGCAAGCGUAGACCCUAGGAAACGUAAGGUCACCAAAAAUUUGUGAAAUAAAGGAGUGACUUGAUGAGGGCAGUACACUUAACGCACUUUGGAAAUAUUUUUUGUCCAAACUUGUAAUAUUCUGGAUUAGAGAACCCAUGAUAAGAAUUUAUAGUCCAACUUAAAGAGUCUUGCAAGAACCACCAAAAGAACAGAGUGAACACAUGAAUAGAAGAAGAAAAUUUCUCAUUGCCUCUGUAGUUGCUAUUCAAAACUCCAGUUUCAUCUAUCCAUCAUGUCAAAAGUGCUUCUCCAGAGUAAUCCUGGUUUCUAAAAGGUUUGAUUGCUCCAAAUGUGGCUUUACUGGUGAAGUCAAGAAUGUCACUUAUAGAUAUAAACUCUCCUUAAAAGUUUCUGAUGCAAACAGAUUGUUUGUAAUUACUGUGUUUGGAAGUUGCUUGGAUGCAUUUUUUGGUAUCACUGCCACUUGCCUAAACAGGUAUAUAAAAGAUUCUGAUCAAGUUGAAGGAACAGUGAACAAUAAUUCAAUACAGGAUUUAUUAAUUCAAGCAGUCCAAGCCUGCUUUGUUGGGAGAACCUUUAUUUUUGGAGUGACGAAUUUUGAAAACCAAGGUGAACAGACUUCAGUUUCUAAUAAUUUCUUUAAAAAAUGCUCUUACAAUGACAGGAACAUUAAAGAACUAGUAGCCUGCCAGAUUUCCCUUCCAAACUCAGAUCUCACAGGGUACACAGUUAUCAACUACUUUGAUCACCUUUUGCAGUCUUCUAAUUUCAAGAACAUUCACUGUGGGCCACAACUCCUUGAAAGCCAUUUACUGGAAGGUGAUUACCCUAGCAGUGAGCUCAGCAGCUUAGGUAGCUCUGGCAGCAGCUCCGGUUUUGUUCAGUCAAGUGACAGAGAUCGUCUUUCAGGGCUUUGGCAGCAGUUCCUUGGACUUACUCCAGUUGUUAUACAACCAGCUGAUGAUGAAGAUUUCUCCAUUUCUGAGCAGAGUAAGGCUGAUGGUGUUCUCCUACAGCAGAGAGAGAGGGCCCCUUCUGCUGAGGUCACCUUUGUCAGUAGUCAUCACAGACCUAGUCAGAAUUCUCACAGCCCUCACUUGUCUCUGAGUGAGGAGAGUGAAAGGGGAAAGCCAGGUACAGAAUCCAGCUUACCAGCUAGUCAUCUGACUGUCAUUCUUAAAAACGAUCAGGAGAUUGGAACUGCCAAUAAUGAGAAUAGUUUUCACCUUUUAAAAAUGAAGCAGUCACUUGGAGAAAGUAACAUAAAUCUCUCCCCUGCUACUCUGGAGACAGAAGAGAAGUAUUCUCAGCUUAACUUAGUUUAUCACCAGAAUCACAAUUUAGACUUCUCUUCAAGCUUUCAGAAGAGAUUAUCAUUUAACACAUUAUCUCCUAGCCACAAAGCAAGUGCUGAUGAUACACAGGAGGAGGACCCUGAAAUUUGGGAUGAUCUGCCAUUCUCUGAAAGUCUAAAUGCUUUUAUGGCAGUUAUUGAAAAUGAGAACAUGACAACUCAGGCCACAAACGGUCAUAACCUCAGUCCAGUGGAUGGUCAUUGUGGCAGAUUAUUAGCAAGUCCACAGAAAGCUACUGGGAAUAUGUCUGUACCACUUGUGAAGUCAAAAGUAAAACAGAAAAACUGUGGCAAAAGUAAAGUGAUCUCUACUUCUCCAAAGGAAAUGCAACAAUUUAACAUAGCCAAUGGCUUUUCAACAAGUGUUAAAGGAAAAGAAAAUUCUGACUGUGCUAAACUUAAUGCCAAUGUAUCAGCCCUACCUCAGGCUUCAAAAGACUUUAGAAUGUACCUUUCUCUUAAAAAAAGUAACAGUUUUCCACAACACAAAGUUGAAAUUAUUUCAAGUACUAAUACUUCUGAAAAUAUUCAUUCUUGUGCCAAUACAAAAUAUUCUGUGAAAUGUGGAAGAAGGCAAUCUUCAGAAAUGAACAGAACAGCUACUUCUUUGUGUUCUGAAAAUCAUGUGUUUUCUGAUGCUUGUGCAAGAAAUAAAGGACAUUCUAUUUGGCUACAGAAUCAAGAAGGAACUUUUACAAAAUGCAAGGAACUUCUGCAGAGCUCAAAUACUUGUUAUAAUAAUAAAAAUGUGAGUACAAAUGCAUUUACAUUAAUGCCAGAAUUUCAAGGAAUAACAUCUACAUCUGUAAAAGAAAAUUUGCUUCAAAAUGACUCUUCUAUUCAUGAUAGCAACUAUAAUGCUUCUGCUGAUCUCUUUGAUGUUAGUGCUAAAGAAAUAGAAACUGUGGCAGAAUAUACUGAUAAAUCACAAGGCAUUUUGUCAACAUGGGAAACUGUUUUGACAGAAAAUUAUCCUUUGUUUAAUUUUAGCCUUAGUCCCAUAGAUGAUAAUUGUAGCCAUUUUCGAAGAAGGUCAUCUUCACAAAACAUACUUCACAAAACAAGAACACAUUCUUCACCUUAUUUUCAAUCAGAUUCUGAGUAUGAUCUGGGAGAUAGUAAAGAAUUUGUUCCAUGUUUACAGUCAACUCCUAUUGUCCCAAUUCCUCAUAGACUUAGAGUCCAUAGAAUUAAAAAAUCUUUCCAAAAAUACCCUAGACUUUAUACCAAUCUGCACUCCAAAUAUAAAAAAUCAGCGAUGACUUUUGAAGAUGAAAUACAGCAGUCUACCCCCAACUUCCUAAAAAAUGAAAACUCAGCUAGUCUGAAAUCUAGGCAUGCUUCCAUAUCUGAUGAUUCACAGCAAAUAUUAAUCAAUAGUAGUCCUAUUAAGUUCUUUGAAAGUAAUUUUGAUGAUUGGAUUCUCCCCACUACAAAAAAAGCAUUUCCUUCACCUGUACUUCCCACCUCAGAAAAAUUUGGAUUAAAUUUCAGGGGCCCAGGUAAAUGGCCUGCUGCUUGCAGUUCCCCUAAUCAAACUGAGGAACCCAAAAUCAAGAAGAGGCAGAUGGAACAAAGUACUGAUAAAGGUUUAAUUGAGAAAGAAUUUCAUCUAAAGAACAGAGUGACAACUAGGAAACAAAUUACUCCUGAAUUUGAAAAUUGUGAAGACAGUAGUGGCUGUUGUUCCAAAAAUGUAGCUCUCAGGACUGAUUCCCUCUCAAAUGUUAAGUGUAGACUUUCAUUUUCCGAAAAUGAGUUCCCUUCAGCUGCUGAAAUUCCAAGUGACUGGUCUCCUGAAUUGUUCACACAAAGUCAGCCAAAACCAAUUUCUAAACACUUAUUAAAGAUUCCUGUUUGGAAACUUUAGUAUUUAUUGGUAUUGGAGUCUAAUUAUUUUUAGAUUUUGAAAAAAACAAAUUUUACAGGUGACCUUUAUUUGAACUCAAUGUUUUUUAAUGCCUUUUGGCAUGAUUAAAAUGUGCUCUAAAUUUUAUCUUGUAAAUGAAUGCUGGUGGAAAUAUUCUGGCACUUUAUUUUGUGUUACAAAUUGCACUAUAGUCAUUAAUUUUGUUUCUUAAAACUACAUUAUCAUAAAAAUGCUUUAUCCAAAGAAUAAAACUAUUACUUCAUUAUAUACAAA